AUGGCAAACAAAACAAAAGGAUAUCCUAGGGAUUAUAUUAUAAAUAAUAAAUAUUAUAGUGUUAAAUUUAAUAAUAAAUUUAAAACAUAUUUAGCUGGUUUAUUCGAAGGAAAUGCUAAAAAAUUAUUAGAAAUAAUAGGAUCAGGUUAUAUAAUAUAUAAACCUAAAGAUAAUGCUUGUAUUUUAGUUGUUUCACUUGUAGUAGGAUUAAAGAAAAUAGUUUCUUUAAUAAAUGGUGAAUUAAGAACACCUAAAAUACAUAGAAGUUUUUCAGUACAACAUACUAAGAUUGAAAAUAAUGCAAAAAAAAGAAAAAUUUCUUGUAGAUUAAGAAUUGAGCAAAUAAUGCUAGAUCCUGUAACUGGUUAUAGUUAUUUAAAAGUUUUAACAAAUAUAGCUAAAUUUCUUAAUUGUAAUUUGUUAACUAGAAAACAAAAAUCUACAGGUAACGAGUAUUAUAUUAUUACAGCAUCUAGUAAAAUAUCUUUAGAUAUUUUAGUUAAAUACUUAGAAGUUUAUCCUAUAUAUUCAAGUAAAUAUUUAGAUUAUAAAGAUUGA